AUGUAUAUUAAUUGUGCCCGACGAGCUGGUAAUCCAGCAAAACGUAGAUCUAAAACUACCGUAUGUACGCCUGACCCUGGUUACGCCGUUGACCUAUCUAUCUAUCUAUCUAUCUAUCUAUCUAUCUAUCUAUCACAAAUUGUUCAUGUUUCUUUAUUCUAUCCAUCUAUCUAUCUAUCUAUCUAUCUAUCUAUCUAUCUAUCUAUCUAUCUAUUCAUGCAUCUUCUCUCGCUCUCUUUCAUCCAUCCAUCCAACACAUUUUUAGUCUAUGAUAUUUUAUUCAUAUCUAUCUAUCUAUCUAUCUAUCUAUCUAUCUAUCUAUCUAUGUGUAUGUCAUCUGUUCAUCUAUCUAUCUAUCUAUCUAUCUAUCUAUCUAUCUAUCUAUCUAUCUAUCAUGCAACUUUGAAAGACCUGUUUUUCUAUCUAUCUAUUUUAGGGGGGCGCUUUCAUCACACGAGAUAUCUAAAAUUAAUCUAUGUACUUUUAUGGAUAUUUUAUUCUAUCUAUCUAUCUAACUUGACUAUCAAAUCAAUCUAUCUCUCUAUCUAUCUAUCUAUCUAUCUAUCUAUCUUUGAAAGAUCUAUCUAUCUAUCUAUCACAAAUUGUUCAUGUUUCUUUAUUCAAUCUAUCUCUCUAUCUAUCUCUAUCUCAAAUUGUUCAUGUUUCUCUCUCUAUCUCUCUCUAUCUAUCUAUCUAUCUAUCUAUCUCUCUCGUUCUCUUUUACGGAAUCAGUUGAUAUCUAUUGCCAUCUGGAUGUUGCUAUCAUUUUUCUGUGUAUCUAUCUAUCUAUCUAUCUAUCUAUCUAUCUAUCUUAUAUACUCGUGUAUCAUGCAACUUUUUGUUGCUACUGCAUCUUAG